AUGGAUAAAAGAAGAUUAGCAAAGAAGAAGGAAUCAGGCCUUAAUGAAGGUAUAGCAGGUCGUUAUGUCAAAAGGGAUACGCCACCUUUGUUGCGAAACUACCACACUCCUGUGAGGCAAGGAACCUCCUUUCAAAGGAUGGGUCGUAACACCAAGCUGCCAGCCUCCUACAUUCCUCAAACACAGACGUCCCCAAGCCCAGCAGGUCACAUAGCUGCACAGUCUGUCUCAGCAUCCAGAUCUUCUGUGCCGACAUCACCAUAUGCUGAACCCAGCCCUUCAACUUUCCAUGACAUUGACAGAUAUUAUGUGGGAAACCAGCCAGUGCAGCAUCAGCAGCAGCAGGUGAAAUACUCCAACUACCAACAUCAGACGGUGGCUGCAUCCGGAGGCGGUCAGCAGUCCCCACAAGGUGCACACCAACAGCAGUCACAGCACCAAACUUACCAACAACAGUCUGCACAAGCACAGUUGGUGCCUUCGUCUAUGAGUAACUUGACUCUGGGCUUUCAGAAUAUGAGAGUGACUUCUAUCCCAGUGUCACGGACAGAUGUGACCUCUGCUGUCACACGAACAUAUGGUGUGGCUUACUCGCAGCCAGUGAGCGGUAUUUCGACUGGGGUCUCCCGUCCGGUGAUGAAUGUGUCAUAUUCAGGCUAUAACAGCAGUGUUGCAGAUUCCCAGCAUAAACAGAUGUGGUACCCCCAAUCAGGAGCUGGCCAGGACGAUGCACGUAUUCCACACACUGCACUUAGUAUUAUCAGAGAGGAUGACAAUCCUGAAUCCCAACCAUAUUACAAGUACACAGGAGCCACCAGCAACAGUAGCAGCGGCAGCAAUGCAAGCAACAAUGUUGGUGGCAUCAGCAGCAACAACGACUACUACAACCUCCAGCAGUUGGAAGAGAACUACCAGAUAGCCCAAUACCACCAGGAGAUUCGGAGCCACUACGCACAGCAGAACCCAGGCGGCAACCUGCUCGGCAAAGGCAUGUUUGGGAUGGUUGCCAGCGACCUUGUCGAGCUGAAGACCCAAACUUCUCCUGUCACUUCAUCUGGUGUGGGUAGCUACCUGUCACAAGAAGAGUUGCCCCUACCCCCUGGGUGGUCCAUCGACUGGACAGUCAGAGGCCGCAAGUAUUACAUUGACCACAACACUCAGGCCACACACUGGAGCCAUCCUUUAGAGAAAGAGUCAUUGCCUACGGACUGGGAGAGAAUUGAAUCAAAAGAAAGGGGGGUUUAUUACUACAACCACAUAACUCGCACAGCACAAUACCACCACCCCUGUAGUCCCGUACCUGAUGUUGUCCUAGGUUACGGGGUGCUCACCGUCCCUGACAGACUCCCCCCUCACCUGGAGUACAGACAGAACAAUCAGCUGGUCCCAGCCAACCCGUAUUUAAAUACAGAAAUACCAGAAUGGUUACUUGUUUUCUCCAAAGCCCCCCAUGAGCAUGAUCACAAGCUGAAAUGGGAACUCUUCACACUGUCACAGUUAGAAAACUUUGCUGCCUUGUUGAUUCGACUCUACAAGCAAGACUUGGAGCGGAUUGUCAUGAGUUAUGAACGCUACCGCAAUGCCUUAAACCGAGAGUGUGAGCGGCGCAAGAAGGAGCGGCAACAGCAGCAGACAUUAGCCAUCACAAAUGUUCCAUAUCAGUCUUCGGUUAUCCAGCAGCAGAUGAUGCAUCCAUCUUUGCAGCAGCAGUACCAGUUUAAACAGUCUCAGUUCGCUCAAGCACAGCAGCAGCAGCAGCUCCAGCAGACAAGUCAGCAGUCUCAGAAUCAGCAGUCUCAAAAUCAGCAGUCCCAGAGUCAGCAGUCUGCACUAAUGUCUCAGAACGUUGAGACAAAAGUGUGA